UUUAUAAAUGGUAAGGUUUAAUGACGUCACGAGUCAUGUGACUUCCCUGUUUUCUCAACACAGCGAAGACUGACAUAAAGCAAGUUUUACCCACCGUUUUCAGCCCAGAGCUCCAUCCAUGACGUCUAAGACAAGAUGAGGCCCCUGAGAGAUGCACAGCUGGGAGCCUUCACUUUCUUCGCCUCAGCUCUUCCGCAUGACGUCUGCGGGAGCAACGGGCUUCCUCUUACACCAAACUCUAUCAAAAUACUGGGCCGUUUCCAAAUUCUUCAGACCAUUACCCACCCCAGACUGUGUCAAUAUGUGGACAUCAACAGAGGAAAACAUGAGCGACUCAUUGUUGUGGCGGAACACUAUGAAAGAAGCUUAAAUGACUGCAUCAAGCAAGGAGAAAAAGUCCGCCCAGAAAGGUUGCUGCAGAUUGCGUAUGAAGUCCUUGAAGGUUUGGACUUCAUGAACAAGCAUGGUAUGGUCCACAGAGCCUUGAAUUCACACAACAUUCUAAUGGACUGCAAGGAUAAUAUCAAGUUGGCCAAGUUUGGCCUCUAUCACAUGACUGACCAUGGCGCUGAUGUAGACUUCCCCAUUGGUUACCCAUCAUACCUUGCACCGGAGGUGAUUGCCCAGGGCUCCUUCCACCCCAGUGACAGCUCCCACAGUGAAGCUCCGCUGCCAUCGGGACCGAAAGCAGAUGUCUGGUCUCUUGGAAUCUUGCUUUUGGAGUUGUGCGCAGGUCGUUUGCUGCUCCAUAACAUUGAUAUCAGUGAGAGGCUGAAAUUCAUUCUGACACUGGGUUGCAUUGAUGACAUUGUGACUGUCCUUGCGGAGGAACACGGCUGCCUGGACUCCAUUAAGGCACUUCCUGCAAAUGUUCUUGAGUUAUUAAGAAAAUGUCUGACGUUUCUUCCAUUUAAGCGUCCGACUCCAGGAGAGCUGCUGAGGGACCCUCUGUUUGAGGGGGUCUCGUGCAUCUACCCACCGUUUGAGAAGCCUGUCAGCCUCUUCUCCUCCUCGCUGCGCUGUGCACAUCUGGAGCUCCCGGAGGACAUCAGUGACCUUUUCAAAGAUGAUGAUGGCGACUACUUGUCGGAGCGAACCAUCGACGAGAUUUACUAUCUCUGGUGUCUGGCGGGUGGUGAUCUGGAGAAGGAGCUGACAAAUAAAGAAAUCAUACAGUCCAAGCCACCGAUCUGCACGCUGUCCAAUUUUGUCCUGGAGGACGGGGAGUCCUUCGGUCAAGGGAGGGAUCGCAGCUUCCUGCUCGACGACACGACGGUUCCACUGUCCUUGUGCCAACUUAAAAACAGACUAAAAGAUGUGGCUGGAGAAGCAUAUUACCCUCUGCUGGAGGACGAACAGUCAACCCUGCCUCAUUCAAACAGCAGCCAUGAGCUGUCGUCCACAGUCAAGCUGCCGCUCAUCAUUCGGGAGAGGGACACGGAAUACCAACUGAACCGCAUUGUUCUUUUUGAUCGGCUGCUCAAGGCCUAUCCCUAUAAGAAGAACCUGAUGUGGAAAGAAGCCAGAGUGGACGUCCCUCCUCUUGUCCGAGGUCUUGUUUGGGCAGGAUUACUCGGAAUCGAGGGUGACAUCCAGGCGAAAUACGACAGCAUCGACAAGGAUACACCGAUACCAACUGACCGGCAGAUUGAAGUGGACAUCCCCCGCUGCCACCAGUACGACGAGCUGCUGUCUUCCCCUCAAGGACACAUCAAGUUCAGGCGUGUGUUGAAAGCCUGGGUGGUCUCCCACCCGGAACUAGUCUACUGGCAGGGUUUGGAUUCACUUUGUGCACCGUUUCUUUACUUAAAUUUCAACAAUGAAGCUCUGGCGUAUUCAUGCAUGUCCGCCUUCAUCCCCAAAUAUCUCUACAAUUUUUUCCUGAAGGACAACUCUCAUGUCAUUCAAGAAUACCUGACCGUCUUCUCCCAGAUGAUCGCCUUCCAUGACCCCGAGCUCAGCAAUCACCUCAAUGAGAUCGGGUUUAUUCCAGACCUUUAUGCCAUUCCGUGGUUCCUGACCAUGUUUACACAUGUGUUUCCGCUUCACAAGAUUUUCCACCUGUGGGACACCCUGCUGCUGGGAAACUCCUCCUUCCCCUUCUGUAUCGGCGUGGCCAUUUUGCAGCAGCUCCGGGAUCGUCUCCUGGCCAACGGCUUCAACGAGUGCAUCCUUCUGUUCUCUGACCUGCCAGAAAUUGACAUCGAACGCUGCGUCCGUGAAUCCAUCAACCUCUUCUGCUGGACCCCAAAAAGUGCGACCUAUCGGCAACACGCUCAGCCUCUGAAGGUCACCGGCGACAAUGGUUUUGGAAAAACAUACCACAUGUCCGACUACCAAGACAUGUCCAAAACAGACCUGUCUCGAGAGCCUCUGGCGCUGUGCGACCUGAAGGCAGAAGCGUCACCCAGAAUAUCUGCAGAGGAUCUCAUCGACCUCUGUGAGUUGUCACUAGCCGGGCCUGCCAAAAGGGCAAAGGCUGGUAAACCCAAAAUAGUGGCCGUAGACAUCCGCAACACAGAGGACUUCAGCAGGGGUCAUAUUUCUGGCAGCAUCAACGUUCCCUUCAGCAGCGCCUUCAGCAGCGACGGCGAGCUGCUGCAGUGUCCAGCGUCAGGAACCCUCCAGACCUUCAGAGGACGUGUGGUUAUCGUCAUCAGCCACGCUGUGAAGAGUGCAACGUUGUUUGCUGCUCACCUUGUCAAAGUCAAUUUCCCACGAGUUUGUAUCCUGGAUGGAGGGAUCAACAAGCUGAAGCCCACCGGACUACUGACGGUCCCGUCGCCUCAGAUUUGAUCCGCCUUCACUUGAAUUUUAUUUUUUGUUGUUGUUUUGUUUUGUUUUUACCUCAAAAUACAACAAGCAGACAAAAUAAAUGUCACAUUAAAUUUAAGUACCUCUUGUGUUAUGGACUGAUUGUUGUUGUUUCAUCCAUUUCAAACAUUGUUUACUGGAAAAUAGCUGUUUAUUUGCUUUUAUUAACGUCCUUAAACAGAGUGUUUUUGUUGCGUAGUUCAUGUCGAAACACUGUGUUAACUCGCUGAUCACAACGACCAAACUCAUUUCACCACUUCCUUCAAAUUCUGUGACUUGGUACGACCACACGUUGCUUGUGUUUUUAUCCUGCAGUAAAGUGCUUAUGUACAUACAGUAUAACAAGGUUCCUGCUGAUCCUUAAGUCGUCUUAAAUCAUAAUUUCAAAAGUCUUAAAAAUGUGAAAUGUGUGAAGUCAGUUUUUAUCUAAAGAUUUCACAAUCUUUAGUAACAUUUAUUUAAGUAUUAAAAAUAAUUUACAGAUGAACCCUUGUGGCAACAUGAUCAGGAUAGAGGAACAAACAAAAUGAGUGAGGUGGUUGCUGCCGGGACUCGGCAUGCUGCAACUUCUGAAGUAUUUGCUUUGGGCCACCAUGGGGAAGUGAAAGUUCACUGAGAGUUGACUCACCAUCCAGCCUGAGCCUAUGUAAUUUAUGUGGCUUGUUUUAUCGAGUUGGUCUUGAAUUCAACUUCAAAUGGCACUAAAAAGUCUUGACUUUAACUGGCCUUAUGAUGCAGGAGCCACAUGUUUUAAGUGCUAGGUGAAUGACCACAGUCCAAGGAUCGAGCCCUGGGGAGCCCCAAGUUUUGAUGAUUUCUCGCACUUUAAGCGAUCCAACGAGAUGCUCCAGUACCUUCUAACAAGCUGAUGUUUCUGUGAUUUUCCUCACAGUUUGCUGCUCACCUUGUCAAAGUCAAUUUCCCACGAGUUUGUAUCCUGGAUGGAGGCAUCAACAAGCUGAAGCCCACCGGACUACUGACGGUCCCGUCGCCUCAGAUUUGAUCCGCCUUCACUUGAAUUUUAUUUUUUGUUGUUGUUUUGUUUUGUUUUUACCUCAAAAUACAACAAGCAGACAAAAUAAA